UAGAAACACUUCAUAAAAAAACAUGUGAUCAAUAAUUUAUUUUGGUAAACUGAUAAAAUUUCAGCAGGCAUUGAGUUGCCAGAAACUAUUUUGACCGGUCUUCUAGAAACGUCUUUAAAAUUCUAAAUUUAAAGUAAAAUAAUCAGAAACAUAUAAUUCUUAACAGAAAAUGAUUUCUCAAAUAACACUAAACAAAAAACUGUUGAGUAUCAACUCUUUCAGGAAUUUUUCAGUGUCAUGGAAAAGGCAGGCUCAAGCUUUGAAGAAAGGAAUCGUGGUGGGUGUUUAUGAGAAUUCAGAGCUGACUACAGUUGCAUCGAGAGUGGACAGUGAAUCAAAAGGAAAAGUCAAAGAUAUGCUGAAAGAUUCAACGAUGAAACUAGGCCACACGAGCGUGGCACACAACCUUGUGACCGGCUACGACGCGGUGGCUCUGGUUGGCGUGGGCAACAAGACGGUCUCAGGCAUCAACCUGAGCGAGAGUCUAGACGAACAGCGCGAGAACAUCAGGAUAGCGACGGCACGAGCUGUCAACCAUCUGCUGGACGAGGGACUGACUCACAUCGAGGUGGACCCCAUAGGGAAUGCCGAGGCGGCCGCAGAGGGAUCCAUUCUCUCCCUCUGGAGGUUCGACUACUUGAAGUCCGACGAUAACAAGAGGCCCGAGCCUGAGGUCACUUGCAGUGAUUCCAAUGAAUCGUCCGCAUGGGAGAGAGGAAGAAUUAAGGCUGAUGCUCAAAAUUUAGCCAGAGUACUCACACAAUGUCCUUCAAAUCUGAUGACUCCUACUCAUUUUGCACAGUGCACCAUUGACAAGCUAUGUCCCUGUGGCGUGCAAGUGGAAGCCAGAGAUAGGAAGUGGAUCGAAGCACAGAACAUGGAGUCCCUGCUGGCUAUGGCCAGUGGAUCUAUGGAGCCGCCCAUUGUCCUUGAGAUCGCUUACUGUGGAGCCAAUCCUGAUGAUAAACCUGUCAUGAUGAUAGGUAAAGGAGUGACGUUUGACGGACAAGGUGUCUGCCUGGAUAGGAAGUGCAACGCAGAGUUCAGCGCUGAUGUGGCUGGUGCAGCCGUUGUGGUCGGAACCAUAAAAGCACUCUGCGAACUCAAAGUUCCAAUUAAUGUCAACGCGAUCAUCCCCCUGUGCGAGAACAUGCCUGGUGGCAACGCCGCGGCGCCCGGCGCCGUGUUCACGGCCCUCAAUGGACGCACCAUCCGAAUGGACGACACGGCGCAUGAUGGCCGCAUAUUCAUGGUGGACGCACUCUGCUACGCCGAGAAGUACAAACCCUGUCUCGUCAUGAAUGUCGCUACCUUGGAUGAGGUGAUGCGCCUAGCGCUGGGAGACGGAGCGACGGCCACCUACACGAUGUCUGACAGCAUCUGGAAGAACCUGCACGACGCGGGAGCGCUGACUGGUGAUAGGCUGUGGAGACUGCCCCUGUGGAACCACUACCGGCUGGCCAUUGAGUCGGACAGGGGUGCGGACUUGACCACAGUCGGCAAGGGGUUGGGCCGAGGUGGCGAUCCUUGCACAGCCGCCGCUUUUCUCAAGACUUUUGCACCACCCUGUGAAUUUGUCCACCUUGAUAUAACUGGAACAGGUAGAUUGGGAUCAGGUGUCGGCUAUCCUUAUCUCAGAAAUAACCUGAUGACCGGUCGACCUGUGCGAACUCUAGUGGAGUUUUUGUGCAAGCAAGCAUCUCAAAAGAAUUGAAAUGUGUAAUUAGUUCUAAAUAAGUGAAAUAUACUGUCUGAGACGAUUUUUAAAAUCCUCAAUCAUUGUGCUUUGUUAUAAACCAUGAUCUAACGUGUACAGAACAAAAUAAACAACCAACAUUUUGGAAAUUCACCUUUA